AUGUCCCACUGCAAGUUCGAGCACCCACGACACGGUUCGCUGGGAUUCCUUCCCCGCAAGCGUGCUGCCCGUCACCGCGGUAAGGUUAAGGCCUUCCCCAAGGAUGACCCCAAGAAGCCCGUCCACCUUACCGCUAUGAUCGGCUACAAGGCCGGCAUGACCCACAUUGUGCGUGACCUUGACCGCCCCGGUUCCAAGAUGCACAAGAAGGAGAUCGUCGAGGCCGUCACGGUCAUCGAGACUCCCCCCAUGGUUGCCGUCGGUGUUGUCGGAUACGUCGAGACCCCCCGUGGUCUGCGUUCGCUCACCACCGUCUGGGCCGAGCACCUUUCGGACGAGGUCAAGCGUCGCUUCUACAAGAACUGGUACCGCAGCAAGAAGAAGGCCUUCACCCGUUACGCCAAGAAGCACUCGGAGAGCAACGGCGCCUCGAUCUCGCGCGAGCUCGAGCGCAUCAAGAAGUACUGCACUGUCGUCCGUGUCCUUGCCCACACCCAGGUGCGUAAGACUGGCCUGAAGCAGAAGAAGGCGCACCUGAUGGAGGUCCAGAUCAACGGUGGCUCGGUCGCCGACAAGGUCGACUUUGCCAAGGAGCACUUCGAGAAGACCUUCGACGUCAAGUCGGUCUUCGAGCAGAACGAGAUCAUCGACGUGAUCGCCGUCACCAAGGGUCACGGUUACGAGGGUGUUACCGCUCGUUGGGGCACCAAGAAGCUUCCGCGUAAGACCCACCGUGGUCUGCGUAAGAUCGCCUGUAUCGGUGCCUGGCACCCGGCCAACGUCAUGUUCACCGUGGCUCGUUCGGGUCAGGACGGAUACCACCACCGUACCGAGAUCGGCAAGAAGAUCUACCGCAUCUCGAACGGCGAGGACAAGACCUCGGGCUCGACCGACUUCGACACGACCGAGAAGACCAUCACCCCUCUUGGUGGCUUCCCGCACUACGGCCUGAUCAAGAACGACUUUGUCAUGAUCAAGGGCUCGUGCCCCGGUGUCAAGAAGCGUGUCCUGACGCUGCGCAAGUCGCUCCAGGUGCACACCUCGCGCCGUGCUCUCGAGAACGUCUCGCUCAAGUGGAUCUCGACCUCGUCGACCAUGGGUAAGGGUAACUUCCAGACCCCCGCCGAAAAGGACGCUUUCCUCGGCCAGCGCAAGAUCAAGGCCCCCGUUGCCUAA